AUGAAUGUCAAGCAAUGUAAACAGAAAGAUAGCACUUAUUAAUCAUUACCAGACUUUCUUAGUUAUUCCGUGCACUGAAAGCAAGUUUGCUCACCAUAACUAAAGAAGAUCGACUGUGGUUUGGGAUAUAAUUGAUUUAAUAAACAAAACAAAGUUAUAGAUCAACAAAAAAGGAACUCCAUACAAAUGAGGUCAUGAGGUCACGUUCGGAUGACUCGGUGUUGCAGGCCCGUGGGAUUAAGGUGAAGGUGAAGGACAAGGUCAUUCUUGACGACAUCACGGUCACGGCCAAGAGUGGGGAACUACUGGCGGUGCUCGGACCUACUGGAUCGGGUAAAACCACGUUACUAAACGUAAUAUCUGGCCGCUUGAAGGUUGAUGACGGGACCAUUACGUUUAACGGCAACCCGUUCAACAAGCGUCAACGGCGACGUCUUGCGUUUGUGCAACAGCAGGAUGUCUUCUUCUCGAAACUUACGUUAUGGGAGACUCUUUAUUUCACUGCCCAGCUGCGACUUCCGGAGACAAUGGCGGAGGAGGAGAAGCGUACUGUGAUCGAGGAGAUAGUGGACGUGUUGGACAUGCGAAAAUGUCUCCACACCAUUAUCGGGGACAUAUUUGUACGUGGCCUCUCUGGUGGGGAGAAGAAGCGAGCAAGUAUUGCGUGUGAGCUGCUCACUGACCCGGACAUCCUGCUGCUUGACGAGCCUACGUCAGGCCUGGACGCAAGCACAGCGCUGACUUUGAUGCAGCAAAUGCGGAAGUACGCGAGCACGUUCAACAAGACAAUCAUGACGUCAAUCCACCAGCCCUCCAGUCAGGUGUUCCACAUGUUCAACAACAUGCUCCUCGUCAUCAACGGAAAGGAAGGAUACUAUGGUCCGGCGAAGGAGGCUCUAGGGUUCUUCGAGAGAAUUGGUCUAUUCUGCGAACUCCAUUACAACCCCGCAGAUUUUAUAUUGCAAACGGCCAAGUCUGACGAAGAAACAGUCAACAAAAUUCUUUCCGAAGCAACUAGACUAAGAGCACUUCCAACAUCAACUGAUGAUAAACAAAAUCACAUAAACAACGAUGGUGUCCACUAUGACGUCAUCAAUAAUGAGACGACGCAUGAAAAUGACGUCCGAGUGUCUUUGCUUGACGUCACAGAGAAAGACACCGUCGCGGACAAGCCCAGCCAGCGUUGGGCGACUUCUUGGUUCAAGCAAUACCGGAUGUUAAGCUGGAGGAGCUUUAAGCAGACAUUCGGAGCGCUCCGGGAGGGGUACGCCAUCAUUCAAACGAGUAUCGUUACCAUGGUGGUCGGAGCGCUUUACUGGCAGAUUGACAUGAAUGUGCACACAGUCCGGGAUAUCAUGGGACUGUUAUUCUUCAUUGUGACGUACUGGACGUUCAACCCAGCAUUCGAAGCAAUAUCAACAUAUCCUGCAGAGAAGCCUGUGAUAGCGAAGGAGCGGGCGGCGGGCGCGUACCGACUGUCCGCCUACUACAUCGCCAAGUGUACAUCCGACCUUCCGCUCUCCUUCAGCCUCCCAACGUUCAUGUUUCUAGUGUUAUUCGUCAUGGCCGGGCUAGGGGGCGUGCCGGAGUUCUUCAUGACGUAUCCUAUUGUUCUCCUUCAGGUCCUGGUCUCACAGGCAUUUGGGUUCACGAUUUGCGUUGCCUUUAACGGGGAGAUGAAGCCGGCGUUUACGACGUUUGUCAGCUACUCGCUGUGUGCCUUUAUGAUGGGUGGGUUUUUCAGCCAGACGGUUCCCCCGUGGCUGUUUUGGACCCGGUACCUCUCCACAAUUCAGUACCCGUUUGGCUCUGUCUCCCAACUGAUCUUCGACAACUUCCCGCCUUUCCCGUGUAACGGCACUGAAACGUCAAUGUACGCUGUCUGCAAAGACGUCACAGACGCUAACGUCACAACAUACGUUCAGCCGAGCGACAUACUGACAGCCUCGGGGAUCGUUCUACCAGUUGGAUUCUACAUCUUCCCAGCUUUUAUAUUUAUCGUGGGUUUCAGAACUAUAGGAUAUUUAAUUCUUAGAUUCAGGCGAACAAGAAUUUUAUAAAAUUAAUUUCAAUAAAUACUAUGUAUUUUUUCUAGAGUCGCUAGAAAGAUGACGAUUUACGAGCACAGAAAAAUGAACAGAUGAUUAUUGCACUAAGAUUGUCUCAGAAAUAUCAGCAAAGAUUUUUUAAGUGCAGGGAUCUAACUAUUUAUAAUGGAUAAGCUCGAAGUUUUUAUUUAAGACAACGUUUUGGGUUGUUAAAUACUUGAUGUUUCAUCUCUGUGACUAAGGCUAAACUUUGGUACAGGAGAAGUUUUACCAACUCCAAUUCCGGUACCUGCUUCAAAGUUGUACCAUAUUUGGAGAACUCGUCCAAAAUUAUAUUCUCUGAUUUCCAAAGCGUGCUGUGAAUAGAAUCAUGUCUGUGUUGAGACUAUUUUUAUUGUUAUGACUUUUCAGUUAAUGUUGUUAAAUAUAUGCACAUUUAUUUAUGGUCAUACUAUUCGUGUAGUAAAUGAUUGUUUUAGAUGGAAAUUAGUUACUCCAUUGUGCCUUACAUGUUUGUUUUUUAGCUUUUAAUAUUUCUUUGUUCUGUCAAUUGAACAUUGAAUCUAGCUUUAUACUGGAAUCUCACAUAUAUUUUCAGGCAUAAUAGGACAUUGUUAUAUCUAUGUUGGAUUUAAUCUAGAUAUGCAGUACUAUUGGAUACAUAUACUGAUGAAGAAUAGAAGUAGACUUACACAAAUAAGUCACCGUCCAUCAAAAUGAGUCAAAUUUAUAUUUUAUUCAUAUAGAAGUGUUUGUUUUAUUCAGCAUCUACUACUUGUUCAAAAUGGCACAUUGAAAGAUAAACAUAUCAUGGAUGCCGAAUUAAAAUGCAAAUAUUGGAUCGAUAAUUACCUAUUUUUUUCUUUAAGGAUUUCAAAAUAAUUAUAUUUUACAUGUAAAUAGAAGUUGCACUAACAGUUCAUUUUUUGCAUUAGGCUAUUAGUAUACAAAUCAAAAUGACAGUUUCAUAUCUUUUAGUGUGCAAAGUAUUCAGUGACAUUUUGGAUAUGCAUGUACGAGAUUAUAUAUAGUAAGUUAAUAACAUCAUUUUAUCAGGGACCGACCGGAAUUUAAUAGAUAACUUAUUGGUUAACUUAUUGGUUUUAUGUCUGUACUGAUUUAAGUCAUAUUGAUUUACAUGUAUGAAGACAGUAUUUUAUUGAGAUUGUUCGUAAUUUUUUAGCCAUGACUUUUCUGCCGGAAAUUGACAUCACUGAAAUCUCAUAGUUAUUUAUAGGUGAUAAAUUGUGAAGGUGUAGUGCAACAUAAAGUAUACGAUAUUAGUAGGUUAAGUGCCUUCUGAAUAACAAAUAGUUAUCAACGAAGUAGGACAGGUUAUCUAACCUAGCAGUGUAUGUUGUUUUAUAUGUAUAUAUGACUUGUCACUUACGAGGGAAAUUUGACGUCAUAGUUUUCUGUGACUGAGAAUAGACUGGUGGCAUCCUAAAAUUGUUAUCUUCACAAUAAGCAUGUGUUUACUGUUGCUGUCUCACUAGUGCUCGUCAUUUUAUGAUUAUGAUACCACGGGUAUGUCCGAAUCUCAGACCAAGACAGUUAUUAUGAAACAUUAAGUCUGUGUAGAAUAUGUGUUAUACAACUAUCAGUAGAUGGACCACACUCUUUCAUAUCACAAAUUAAAGACACGAGUGAAUAUAAAUAGUAAAAAAUGUUUAUGUUUUAGUCUUAUUUGUUGUUAAGUUUUCCUCAGUUUUUCCAUCAAUUUCCUAUUUUUAAUCUUGUUUGUUGUUGCACUCACAAACAGACCCUCUUAUGAACGGUCAUAGAGUAUGAUCUCUUAUUCAAAAUCAUACUUGUAAGACCAUUUAUUCAAAGUCAUGCUCGUACGAUCACUUAUUGCAAGUCAUACUCGAACAAUCACUUAUUCAAAGUCAUACUCGUAGGAUCCCUUAUUCCAAGUUAUACUCGUACGAUCACCUUUUUCAAGUUAUACUCGAACGAUCACUUAUUUCAAGUAAUACUCGAACGGUCACUUAUUCAAAGUUAUACUCAAACGGUCACUUAUUUUAAGUUAUACUCAUACGGUCACUUAUUUCAAGUUAUACUUCUUCGUUCACUUAUUCCUAGUAAUAUUCGUAUGGUCACUUACUCCAAGUUAUACUCGUAUGGUCACUUACUCCAAUUUAUACUCAUACGAAUACUUAUUUCAAGUUAUACCCGAACAAUAACUUAUUUCAAGUUAUACUCAUACAGUCACUUAUUUCAAGUUAUACUCCUACGGUCACUUAUUCCAAGUUAUACUCGUAUGGUCACUUACUCCAAGUUAUACUCAUACUGUCACUUACUCCAAGUUAUACUCAUACUGUCACUUACUCCAAGUUAUACUCAUACGGUCACUUAUUUCAAGUUAUACUCAUACAGUCACUUACUCCAAGUUAUACUCAUACAGUCACUUACUCCAAGUUAUACUCAUACAGUCACUUAUUCCAAGUUAUACUCGUAUGGUCACUUAUUUCAAGUUAUACCCGAACAAAUACUUAUUUCAAGUUAUACUCCUACGGUCACUUAUUUCAAGUUGUACUUCUUCGAUCACUUAUUCCAAGUUGUAAUAUUACUUACUUCGAAACAAAUUGUUCGACUCAAGUCUUUUAAAUUUGCAAUAAGCAUUUUCAAUUCAAUGUAAAAUUCUUGAUUUAACUAUAUUCUUGCUGUAUGGUCUUUGGAAAUAUGGUCCGGUUAGUGCGUUCAUACAUGUAUAUAUGUAUGUUUGUUUUUGUUUCUUAUUUUAUUCGUUUGUUGUUACGGUAUUGGUGGUUUUAGAGUUGAAAUACAUUCAGGUUAUGUUCCGGUUUAUCCGUGUUUAACAAUUCUAGUUUAUAUAAUACGUGUAUGGCAAUUUUAUUUGGUACCCGAAUUUAAAUUCAUGUUUUGUGUCUCAUGUGAUAAUUGCAGAUUAUUGAUAAUGUGAACAAAUCUCACUAACAAUUUCAUUGGAUUAUGAGUGCAUUUAUAUUUAUAAAUAUAUAUGUAUCCACAAUGUACUUGUUAGGUGUCCAUGUCUUGGUUAUUAAACUUGAAUUAAAAGAAACACAAUCUU